AUGCCCUACCUCUAUCGGGCCCCAGGGCCCCAGAAGCACCCGGUUCCCAAGGACGCCCGCGCCACCCACUCCUCGGGCCAGAGCUUCGAGCAGCUGAGGCAGGAGUGUGUGCAGAAGGGCAUCCUGUUUGAGGACGCAGACUUCCCAGCCGACAGCUCCUCGCUCUUCUACAGUGAGAGGCCCCAGAUCCCCUUCGUGUGGAAACGGCCGGGGGAAAUAGUGGAAAACCCAGAAUUCAUCCUUGGAGGGGCCACCAGGACAGAUAUCUGCCAGGGGGAGCUUGGCGACUGCUGGCUAUUAGCUGCCAUCGCCUCCCUGACACUGAAUGAAAAAGCUCUGGUUCGAGUCGUCCCCCAGGACCAAAGCUUUGGACCCGGUUAUGCCGGGAUAUUCCACUUCCAGUUCUGGCAGCACAGCGAAUGGCUGGAUGUGGUCAUCGAUGACCGACUGCCCACCUUCAGGGACCGCCUGAUCUUCCUCCACUCGGCCGACCACAGAGAGUUCUGGAGUGCCCUGCUGGAAAAAGCCUACGCCAAGCUGAGCGGUAGCUAUGAGGCUCUGAAGGGAGGCAGCGCCAUCGAGGCCAUGGAAGACUUCACCGGGGGUGUAGCAGAGACCUUUGCAACUAAAGAGGCUCCAGAGAACUUCUAUGAGAUUCUAGAGAAGGCUUUGAAGAGGGGCUCUCUCGUGGGCUGCUCCAUUGAUAUCCGAAAUGCUACAGAGUCUGAAGCCCGGACACCUUUUGGUCUCAUUAAGGGGCAUGCCUACAGUGUGACAGGAAUUGACCAGGUAAACUUCCAAGGCCGGAACGUGGAGCUCAUCAGAGUCCGGAACCCUUGGGGCCAGGUUGAGUGGAACGGGUCCUGGAGUGACAGUUCCUCCGAGUGGCUUUCGGUCGGGGCAGCUGAGCAGAAGCGCCUGUGUCACACCUCUCUCGACGAUGGGGAAUUCUGGAUGGCGUUUAGGGACUUCAAGACCCACUUUGACAAGGUAGAAAUCUGCAACCUGACUCCUGAUGCCCUGGAGGAGGAUGCUGUCCACAAAUGGGAGGUGACAGUCCAUCAAGGAAGCUGGGUGCGGGGCUCCACCGCCGGGGGCUGCCGCAAUUUUCUAGAUACCUUCUGGACCAAUCCACAGAUAAAACUGUCUUUGAUUGAGAAAGAUGAGGGGCAGGAAGACUGCACUUUCCUUGUGGCCCUGAUGCAGAAAGAUCGAAGGAAACUCAAGAGGUUUGGUGCCAACAUGCUGACCAUUGGCUAUGCCAUUUACCAGAGCCCCCGCAAAGACGAACACCUGAACAAAGACUUCUUCAGGUACCAUGCUUCCCAGGCCAGAAGCAAAACGUUCAUCAACCUGAGAGAAGUCUCCGACCGCUUCCAGCUGCCCCCUGGGGAGUAUAUCCUGAUACCCAGCACUUUUGAGCCCCAUCAGGAAGCUGAUUUCUGCCUGAGGAUCUUUACGGAGAAGAAAAUUAUCACCCAGGACAUGGAUGGAGAUGUGAACAUUGACCUUCCCGAGCCUCCGAAGCCUACUCCAGCUGGCCAGGAGACAGAGGAGCAAUUGCAGUUCCGGGCCCUGUUUGAACAAGUUGCCGGCGAGGACAUGGAGGUAACUGCAGAGAAACUGGAAUAUGUUUUAAACGCUGUGCUGCGAAAGAAAAAGGACGUCAAAUUCAAGAAGCUCAGCCCGAUUUCCUGUAAAAACAUCAUUUCUCUAAUGGACACCAGCGGCAACGGGAAGCUGGAGUUCGAGGAGUUCAAAGUGUUCUGGGACAAGCUGCAGAAGUGGAGAAACCUGUUCCUUCAGUUCGAUGUUGACAAGUCUGGCACCAUGUCCUCCUAUGAGCUGCGGACCGCCCUGAAAGCCACAGGCUUCCAGCUGAGCGGUCGCCUCCUGCAGCUGAUUGUCCUCAGGUACACAGACGAGAACCUCCAGCUCGGCUUUGAUGACUUCCUCAACUGCCUGGUCCGGCUGGAGAACGCGAGCCGGGUGUUCCAGGCACUCAGUGCAAAGAACAAGGAGUUCAUUCAUCUCAACAUAAACGAGUUCAUCAAGCUGACAAUGAACAUCUGAGGCUUCCCUGGCAAGGACGCACUCUGUCCGGCUGAGUCUUGACUUCUGGAC